UAUUUAUCAUGCAUUAUAAGUAAAAUAUAUACUGGUUCAACAAAUAAAGUAAAUACGAAUUGCUAUGAAUGUUAGAAACCAAUAAACAUAUUAGAGUAUAACACAUCAAAGUUGUUCCCCCGAUCUAAAUUACAAGUACUUACUCCAUAAUAUUAUUUUCUUAAUUUAAAUAAAACAAAAGUUAUACACACUUAUAAUGGCUUCUAAAGGAGACGAUAAGAAAAUUGCAGAUAUGGGUUUUAUGCCAACACCACGACCAGGUGGCUACUUAAAAAUAAAAUUAGACGUGAAAGAGAAAAAGAACAGAAAACUCCAGUUUGAUCAGUAUAAGAAUAUCAGUAGCAGAGUGGAGGAUAUGGAAAAACAAAAAUAUGUAGUAGAGAAAGACGUUUUCAAAAACCCAGUAGCACCCACAAUAACCGCAAUUAAUACUUUAAAUUUGCCAAAAAUAUCUCAGGAAUCGUUGUUUGACAAAUUCUUGAUUGAGAACGAAUAUAUUGAUGAUACUCAAAAUGAAUACGAAAAAUGGUUGGACGAAACCGCUCCGGCCAACGAUAUAAAUUUUAUGGAUAAUCUGGAAGAAGCAAUCAAUUUUAUAAUAAUGUUGGCGUCUAAUCCAGAUUCGGACGCUAAAGACUUCGAUGAAAUGCAAGCAAUUUCCGUUGUGCAAUUUUUACGUACAAUAAAGACACCAACUGGCGAAUAUGAACCCAAUAACCGCAGAUUGAUGGAGUUUAUUGACAGAAAAGGCGAAGAUUUCCACAAAAACUAA